GGUAUCGCGUUGAGUUCACACCCCCUCCGCACGCAGCGAUGCGGAGUAGCGGCGUUGUGUUAGUGUAAGUGAGCUCAGUGUGGAUGCGCUGCUCUUGCGACGUCCAGCUGGGGCUGAGCCAUUUUGACAUCUGGACAUUAACUGGUCGACACCACAAAGGAUCGCACACACGAUGCCGAACUGGGGAGGAGGCAACAAAUGCGCAGCGUGUCGUGGGACGGUGUACCAUGCGGAGGAGGUGCAGUGCGACGGGAAGAGUUUCCACAAAUGCUGUUUCCUCUGCAUGGUCUGCAGGAAGGGCUUAGACAGCACCACGCUGGCGAUUCACGACCAGGAGAUCUACUGCAAGUCGUGCUAUGGGAAGAAGUAUGGUCCCAAAGGCUACGGCUACGGACAGGGAGCAGGGACACUCAACAUGGACCGAGGGGAACGGCUGGGAAUCAAACCUGAGGAGACACAGACCCACCGACCCACCACCAACCCCAACCCGUCCAAAUUUGCCCAGAAGUUCGGAGGUUCUGAAAAAUGUGCCCGGUGUGGCGACUCCGUCUACGCAGCUGAGAAGAUCAUGGGAGCGGGCAAGCCGUGGCACAAGAACUGCUUCCGUUGUGCCAAAUGUGGCAGGAGCCUAGAGUCGACCACCCAGACGGAGAAGGACGGAGAAAUCUACUGUAAAUCAUGUUAUGCCAAGAACUUUGGGCCCAAGGGGUUCGGCUAUGGCCAAGGAGCUGGCGCUUUGGUGCAUGCUCAGUGAGGAACGCUCAGGCUAGCUCAUCUACAACCCUGGACUACUCUUGUUCAGACUCCUUCCCCUGCAUUGUGUUCAUGCUGUACUAGGUGCUGUUGAUACAAAUAAAAACGGUAACAGGCCCAACUGUU